ACUUUAUUCGAUUUUGUUGCGCUCUACAAAGCAAGUAAAAAACUCGAAUUAUUAUUUGUUUGUGAAUGAAAUAACUAUUAAAAAUGGAGGAAAAACCAACUACGGUUCCAUUGGAAGAUGGCAUAGAUUUGAGAGAACUUAUGACUACUGGUUCAGUAAUUCACAUAAACGAAGUAUAUGAUGAGGCUGAGCCAUAUACAGAUCCAGACCAACCAAGAGCUAAGCAUAUUGACUUCAUUGGGCAACCUGUGAAAGAUUUCAAAGAAUUGGAGAAGACUUUGAAGUCAAUUGAUGAAGAUGGUUAUGUUAAAAAGAAAAUUAUCGAAGAAGGAGGUGGCAUACCAUUGCACGAUGGUAAUACAGUCUCAGUUGCCUUUUCUGGGUACUGGGAAAAUGAGUGUGAAGCAUUUGAUGCACGCAGCCUUCAUAAACCUUUGGUUGUAGAUUUGAAAGAAAAUGGUUUAUUACCUGGUUUACAAAUUGCUAUCAAGUCUAUGUUAGUUGGUGAAGUGUCCAUAUUUCUCUUCACGCACCAUCUUAUGUAUGGAGAAAUGGGUAUUCCUCCACGAAUCAAAGCAAAAACCAGCUCUGUCUUUUAUAUAAAACUUGUUAAAAGCAUUAUUACACCUAAGGAGGCACCUAUAGACUUCUCAGAGCCCAACAUGUUUCGUCGAGUUGAUCGUGAAGUUAGAUUAUUACUUUCCUCAGGGUGGUCAUUGUACAAAAUCAACAAUUAUUCAGCAGCCAUAAGCGUAUUUAGAAAAGCAGUAAACCUACUUCACAAAUGUCGCUUGGCUGACGAAAAUGAGGAAAAAUUACAAGAAAAGUUACUAGUAAAAUCGUACAUAAAUCUAGCAUUGUGCUAUAAUCAGACUAAACAGCCAUUGAAAGCUUGUUCGGCUUGCAAUGAGCUGAGAAGGUUGAACAAGCUUUGGAACAAUCCUAAAGUUCUUUUUAUAAAUGCUAAAGCAUUAAGAAUGAUUGGUCAGUUUGAUUGUGCUGAGAAAAGAUUAAAAAAAGCUCUCCAAUUGGCCUCCGACAAAAACAAACACAAUGUUUUGGAUGAAUUACAGCUACUCAAGAAGUCACAGGAAAUGUGCAAUCGAGCAAAAGUAAUUGAAAGAGCAGCAUUGACUAAAAAAGACAUAAGUGAUGAAUUCAAAAAAGAAGUUGAUAAUCUAAUAAAGAAUUUCAAGGAAAAUUCAGAUUUACAUAAGCUAAUGAUGCCACAUGGUUUAAAUAUUUCUGAAGUUGAAUAUAUAAAAGAAACUUGCAUAAAAGAAAAUGUUUUUUGCAGAAAGGUAAAGAAUGAAUUUCCGUUAGAAAAUGACGAUCAACAGCCUUCUUCAUCUGAAGGUAAAAUUAAUGAAAGAUAUGCAUUAGAUAAGUUUGAAGAUGUAAAUGAAACAGAUCAAAAUGAAGAGUAAGUGGAAAUCACAUUUCAAAAAUAAUUAUUAAGCUUGUGUUUAAAUGAGUUGCUCUUGAUUAUUAUCAGACUAAAGUUACUAUCUAGAAAUCAAUGUUUCUCUGCCAUAAAAAAGGGUUAAUAUUAUAUUAACUUGAUUUUUGUAAAGUUUAAGUUUUGUUACAAUAAUAUU